AUGCUCGACGACAGCCUCCCCACGUUUCGCUUCCAAGCCUCGUCCAACAACCCGCUGCACACGCUCCUCUACUUUACGCACAACGGCUCCGAGCCCUCCGCCGAAUACCUGCUGAAGCGGCCCGCCGCGAGCGACGCCAAGAACCAGUACGCGCUGGGCCUGGUCGACGUGCACUAUGCCUCGGUCAUCUACGGCGAGGUGCUGAUCCGGCCGCAGUGGACGCAGCCGUCGCUGUCGGCGGCGGAGCUGCGCGCUCAGGGCGGCGUGUCUACGGUCGUGCCCCUGACGCCCGACGUGCUCCCCGUCUCGCUGUACAACCCGGACCAGACGAUACCCCUCAAGCUGCAGAGGAGCAGCUUCAAGACGGACUCGUGGGAGUUUGAGCUGCCUGAGCAGACUUUCAAGCGCCCGAGCGCCUCGCAGAUUGACCAGGACGGCGCCUCGGCGGGCAUCGCGGAGCUGACGCCGACGGUGCUUUUCCGCUGGAAGAGGGACUCGAGGCUGAGCAAGGACAUGACGUGUUAUAUGACAGGCCGCUGCCUCGGCGGCAAGAAGAGCAAAGAGCCCGAUAUUACCGUCGCCAUGUACCACGCAUCAAAGCACGAGAGCACCGUGGUGAUAUACGAACCCAACAUGGCGCGUGUCGAGGUCGAGGACCGCAAGGGGCUCGAGGUGGUGCUGCUACUCAGCGCCGAGGUCAUUCGCGACUUGUACCUGAUGCCCAAGCAGAACCCCUUUAACACGUCUGGCGCCCCGGUGCCUGUCGGUUCCGCAGAAAGUAGGACUGCGUCCACACCGCCGCCACCGUCAUCAUCAUCAGGGCCGUCGCCGUCAUCAGGAGGCAGAGGUCGUCCGCCUGCGCAGCUAGCAUACGCAUCUGGCGCUCUCGGCGAUAGUUCUCCACCACCACCACCGAGCCGACCCCGUCCGGGCUCUUCGUCGUCGUCGCCGGCUGGCCGCGACCCGCAGCAGCAGGCAGCCAUUGACGCCGAGACGAAGCGGCUGCAGGCCAUGGUUGCUGAGGAGGAGCGCGCCUCGCGGGAGCGCGAACGCCGCGACCAGGAGGAGCAGCGACGCAUCCAGGCCAUGCUGGCGCGCGAGGACGAGGACCGUCGCCGCCGCGAGCAGGCCGCCAUCGACGAGGAGACGGACCGUCUGCGGAAGCAGUACGGUCUGCCGGCGGAUACGCCCGCGUUGCCGCCGCGACCAAGCAGCACAGGGCCGUCGGGGCAAAGCAGCUAUUUCCAGCCGACGCAGCCGUCGCAGCAGCAGCAGCACGGCCGGGCGUUCAAGUUGGGUAAUGCGCUGGGAUCGCUGCUGCAUGGAAAGGACGACAAGGAACACAAGGUGAACAAGAAGCGCAGCGUACAUUUUUAG